AUGGGUAUAUGGAGGUACGGAGCGGAGGAGAGGAGAGGAGCGCGUGCCUACGGUAUAAUCCGUCCCAGUGAUGGACUCCAUGCUCGCUAUCCGGUGGAGGAUUAUCUGGAUCUGUUUGAUCUUCCAGCGUAUCAGGUUCAGCAUCAGAUGUUGUCCAACAGGACCGCAGGCGUCCAUCGUGCCGAUAUCAUCAUGGGUGAGGCCAGCGCGUCCACCAUGUGGGACAACAACGCUUGGUCCUAUCUCUAUAGCAAUACGUCAGAGACGGAGCCCCCCUUCCUCAUCCAGGACUUCAUCCACGCCCUCCAGCCUGAGGCACGCUUCAUCGCCAUCCUCAGGGACCCUGUCGAAAGGUUAUACUCGGACUAUCUGUACUUCGGCAUGGCUAAUAAAUCGGCGGAGGAUUUCCACGAGAAGGUUUGGGAGUCGCUGCAGCUGUUUGAUGCGUGUCUGCAGGAGUUCAGCCUCAGAGCGUGUGUGUACAACAGCACGCUCAACAACGCCAUGCCUGUGCGUCUGCAUGUGGGUGUGUAUGUGGUGUACGUGCUGGACUGGUUGUCAGUGUUUAGUCGUGAUCAGCUGUUGGUGUUGAGGCUGGAGGAUCACGCAGCAGACAAGAGAGCAUCCAUGAACAGAGUCUUCCACUUCCUCCAGCUGGGUCCUCUCUCAGAGCAGAAGGAGGCGGAGAUUACGGAGCGUCCAGCGUCUAACACUCGCAGGUUGGCUGAUAAGAACCUGGGCCCGAUGCUGCGUCUCACACGCUCCGUCCUCACGGACUUCUACUCUCCCUUCAACAGGAAACUGGCCGCCGUGCUGCACGACAACGCCUUCCUGUGGGACAACCACUCUACACACACUUAACACACACACACACACACACACACACACACCAAAAACACUCGUGCACUAUCACUGCUUCCUGAGAGACUGACCAUGUCGAGGAAAUCAUCAUGUAAAUAAAAUUAUUUUCUUAAA